UUACUGUGAACUUGCUUCACAGAUAUUCCUCUGGGCCCGUCCACAGCUGCUUAACCUGUCUAAAAUUAACCUCCCUCUCUAUAGAUCUCUAGUUCCCAAAGCCUUUUUAUGGAUCGAGAGUGCCAACAGCUGAUUUUCUAUAGCAGAGAAACACAGACAAGUCAGGAGAGAGAGAGAGAACACAACAAGGGACCAGCUUCAUGUCUCUGUCGCAGAUCACCCCAAGCCUUUUCCUGGGCGGAGCCGACGCCCCUCUCAAUCGAGCCCUCAUGACUCGUAAGGGCAUCACACUCAUCGUAAACGCCACUCUGUCCCACAGCUGCCCCACAUACCCAGGAGUCGAGUGUGUACGUGUGGCAGUACCUGAUCUUCCCACUGCACGUCUGAGUGAGCAUUUUGACCGAGUGGGAGCCCGCAUUCAUAACAAUAGAGCGGGUGGAACGUUGGUGCACUGUGCGGCAGGCAUGAGUCGCUCACCUGCUUUGAUCAUGGCUUACCUCAUGAAGUACAAGGGAGUGACACUGUGCCAGGCGCACCACUGGGUGAGGCAGAGCAGACCCUCGAUCCGCCUCAACUCAGGAUUCUGGGACCAGCUUCUAGACUACGAAAAGAGACUUUAUGGGAAAAAUACGGUGAAAGUUGCUGCUCCAUUGGAAGUGCCUAAAACGCCCAAAAUGGUGCCCAGGUACACUCUGAGAGCGUGUCCAUCAUCUCCCAGGCUGGGCUGGUUUAGACGAUAGGACUAAAAAAAAAAACUUGUAUGAAUGGCAGUGCCUUUGCAUUUUGUAAACAUCUGAUUUGCUCAAUGCAAGCCCUGAAGUUUAGGGCAAAUCAUUUCCAGCAUUGUUUUUACUUAAAAAUCUUCCCUUUCCAAAAGUUUUCCACUGUUGAGGUGCCUUGGAAGGCCAAUUUAUAUCAAUCGUAUUGGAAAGUAGCUGGCUAACAAUUAGCAUGUUAUAUCGAUGCUGAUUACUUUUUAACAUGGCCUGUGUGAAACAGGUAAAUGUAGACUAUUUCCACCUAACUGUUAUAAUUAGCACUUUUUGUUUUGUAAAGUUAUAGUGUGAUAUUCAAACCACCUUAUAUUGUUAUUAUGAACACUCUGAAUGUAAGUGAUUAAAAGAAUCAGGGGGAAAUGGCAGUGAGCCCCUGUAGAGCCAAAAGAGUCGACUCUUAUUAGUGAGCUGAGUCAAAUGAUUUGAUUCACUGAAAAUAGCCGGGAUUAUUUUGGGAUUUGAAAGCAGCACUAAUCCUUAAAAAAAGUAUAAAUAAUUAAAUAAAACCAUGAAAGUACUGUAAUAACAUAUCUUAUUUUACACAUGUGAAAAAAAGAAGAAAUUAUACAUUUUAUAUCAGCAAUUUUUAGCAGCAUAUUUUUUUUUGUUGCAUUUUCUUUGAAACUAUUGAUGAGUUAUUAAUGUAAUCAUGUGGAAAAUUUGUUGUUUAGUGUUUUAAAAUUAAAAUAAAAGAAAUGUAU